AUGGAUGACUACCACAUAUCCACCCACAGGAGGUCAGGGCUAAGCCUGACGUCUGGCGCUCUGUGCAGGAGGGGGGAGUGCAGCAGACCCCAGGAGGAGGAGGAGGACAUCAUGGACAUCCCCCUCGACGACCCUGAAGCCAACAAGGCCGCCGCCAAAAUCCAGGCCGGCUUCCGCGGCCACAUGACCCGCAAGAAGAUGAAGCCGGAGGAGAAGGCCGAAGGGGAGGAGGUGAGCACUGGGGAGGCACUCGGCGGCAGCCAGGGGGGCACAGGUCAGUGGUGUAGAGGCUAAGGGAAUAAGAGUAUAGCUGACCCCUUCUACCCAUAUCCACCCCCGCCACAGGGCGUUAUGGGUACGAGACCUUAAGACCAGGUGACAGAGCCCUCUAAGCCCCCAGAGAUGGCAGUCAGGUGGUGAGUGAUGGAGACGGGGCCAGAUUUAUGUUGAAGAGGGUCCCGCCGAGGGACAUCAGGAGCGGCUGUCGUACAUAAAGUGGACAGGCGGGCUCAGAUAUGAGGCUUUUUUUAGCAUUUGUUGCUUGUGGGUUUUUGAUGUAUGCGUCGCUAUACUGGGCUUGACAACACAAUCAGUUCAAGAGUUUUCUACCUGGCGAAUGAUCCGUCGUAGGAUUCUCAUGCGUUUGCUUGCUGUCCACGAAGACUCUGCCACUUGGUGUUACCAUAACGUUAAACUUGUUAAAAUCCUGUCUGACUUAUUAAAUAC